AUGAAUGGUUCUUGCAGUGGCCGUCCGAAGGGUCCUGUCAGCAAAGACGCGGUACGCAGAGACAUGGACAAAUUCAAAGGCAUUGCGAAAGGAGGGUGGCAUCCAUCAGGCGACCGUCCGAUAUCUCGCGAGACGUGGAAGUCGGACGUCAAAGGCAUAGCGACGGGGAAGAAGAAAGACCCAUAUGAGGACGCGCGGAACCACCAAAGCGCACCGUUGACGAGCCUGAAAGAUCCAGAUAGCUUUGGAGCACCGCCAAAGCAUGCUGGGUCAUUCGGCAGUACUCCAGCGACGCCCUCAUCGCCAGCACGACCGCAGCAGUUAGGUGGAUGGGGCAGUGUUGUCCCUGCUUCAACGCCCAGACAACAGCAGAAGGAAGAGGAAGAAGUGGCAAAGGAACCCUCAGGGCCAUAUAGAACGGACACUACGGGGCUUCGAACGGACAAUCUUCCCAGGCCGCCAGGGAGGAGGGAUGGUGCCGUACAAGCGCCGCCUACACCUCCCCGUCAGACGUCCAUGGCUUCUCCGCCACCGGCAUUACCGACGAGACAAUCUCAGUCAAGACAGCCUCAGUCGAGACCACCUCAAGCGGCGCAAGCACCAGCACCAUACUUGCCCCCAAGAAUGACCGAGAACCCGGACGAAUUUACCCCACCACCUCCGCCGACGUACAACGAAGCCACGCAGCCGGAACAGCGCGAUCCUGCUUCACUUAAUACUGGCGCAAUCAACAGACUUGGUCAAGCCGGGGUGUCAGUACCGGGCUUUGGGAUAGGAAGCAACUCUACUGGAGCGUCGUCUACACAAUCCCCUACGAUUACCGGCCACACCGGGCAACUCUCAGAGCUACAGCAGAGAUUCUCGAGGAUGAACACGGGAUCUCAAAACCAAGCUCCGAGUCCAAGCAGCAAUAACACCGCCGCCGCCGCUGCCCAAAAGAAACCUCCACCUCCGCCACCGAAGAAGGCUGGGCUUGGAAACGGCAACAACGGCCAGCCUUCAUCGAGUGGUGCUGGUAGUGCUCCUCCACCAUUACCAAUGUCGAGCAAACCGCGUCCACCGACUUGA